CUUUAUUCCGUGACUUUAUAUUUUAAAGAAAAUAUGGAUAUAGAAAACUUUACAGAUUAUAACUGCACUUCGGAACAUCUACAAAAAGGGAUUACAAGCAAGAUUCUUAUUUCUCUCACUCUGUCUGUUUUGACUUUGAUGACGACGGCCAUAAAUUCCCUUGUAAUCGCUGCAAUAAUCGUGACGCGGAAACUACAUCACCCCGCCAAUUAUUUAAUAUGCUCCCUAGCCGUUACAGAUUUCCUAGUAGCUAUUUUGGUGAUGCCUUUUAGCAUCAUGUACAUCAUGAAAGAAACGUGGAUUAUGGGCCAAGCAAUAUGUGAUAUUUGGCUGAGUGUAGACAUUACAUGUUGCACAUGCUCCAUAUUGCAUCUUGCGGCUAUUGCUCUUGAUCGUUAUCGAGCAAUCACUGAUGCUGUGGAAUAUGCAAGAAAGAGAACACCUAAGCAUGCUGCAGUCAUGAUUGCUGUGGUGUGGAUCAUUUCUAUAUUUAUUUCAAUGCCUCCUUUAUUUUGGCGCCACCAGGCACUCAACAAAGAAGACGAAUGCAUCAUUAAACAUGACCACAUUGUAUUUACUAUUUAUACUACUUUUGGAGCAUUUUAUAUUCCAUUAGCCCUAAUUUUAAUCCUUUAUUAUAAAAUUUAUAAGGCAGCCAAGACAUUAUAUCACAAAAGGAGUGUUAGCAGAGUGGAAAGAGAACAAAAUGGGCAGGUCCUUUUGGAGACAACUACUACUUUAUGCAUUGCAGAAAAAUCUUUUUCUGACCAUUCCACUGAUUUUGACAAAAUCCACAUCACAGUGCGAAAUGCAAAAGUUGAUAUGAAGCAAGAAAAAGCCUACAGAAAGCAAAAAAUAUCCAGUACAAGAGAACGCAAAGCAGCAACAACUUUAGGACUGAUUUUGGGAGCCUUUGUUAUAUGCUGGCUGCCAUUUUUUGUAAAGGAAGUCAUUGUUAAUAUUUGUGAAGCAUGUUACAUCUCUGAUCAUAUGUCCAAUUUCCUUACAUGGCUUGGAUACCUCAAUUCCCUAAUCAACCCCCUCAUUUAUACAAUUUUUAAUGAAGACUUUAAAAAAGCAUUCCAGAAACUCAUGCGAUGCAGGCAUUAUCUUUAAGAAAAGACUAGAAAUGUUUUAUGCUUGUCAAAAAAUUUACUGUAUCAGUGUGUAUUGAUCAGCUGAUUAUUUUAGCUACUUACUAAGAAAUAAUUUGUACCUAUAGUGCCCAAUGAGAUAAACAUGUUAUGACCCAAAAUACAGUUACAAAUACAGAUUUUUUUUUUCUUUGUUGAAAUGAUGGUGGUACGCCAUAAUAAGUCAUUGGAUAUGUUAUCAUUUUAUAAAUAAACAACUUUAUUCUGCAAUGGUAACCACCAUAUGUAACCAGGAAUGAAUUUGUGUAAAGCCUUGAUGUAAUUAGUUUGAUUUUAAUAUUAUUAUUAAUGUUUUUAAUAUUACUGUUAGUAGAAAUAAUAACAGAAUCAACAAUAGUCUGCCUCAAAUAUAAUCAACAUUUUAGAAACAAUGUGUGCAUACAAAAUACAUAGUCCUAAUAUAACUUUUGAAAAAUGUUGUCCUAUUACAAUAGCCAAUUUCUAAUCCAUGUUCUGAAUUUUGCUUCCACUUCUAUUACAUUUACAUUU